AUGAUCUUUCCCAAAGCUAAUGGAGAAUUUUAUCGAUUACCAGCUCAAUGUUAUACCCUCUACGGAUUUAUAAAAAUUAAACCAAUUUUUAUUGUUUUUAAAUUGUCUCGCGAUGGUCACUUUAGAAAAAUUACUUUAAAUGAUGUUGUAAAACCAAAACAUGCAAACGCGAAAGACAGAAACGCGAAAAGUAGUGACAAGGUCAUCAUUAAUGAUCCAAAAAUAAUAUCACAAUCGAAUCAUAUGUUGGUAUUGAAGAAAGUUUAA